AGGUUGACAAGGUCUUGCGCAAGUGGACGAAGCUUGAGUGCAGAGUAACCUGGUAUGCACUCUUUUGAUCCCCCCCUUAUAGGCUGCUAUUUUCUUCAGGAAGCAACAGUCAAGCACCUGCACCGGGUAAAGGCUGAUCCAGGUCUGUCCUGCACCUGUUAGCUACUGUCAAGUUGGUGCCAAUCAGCUUUGUCCUCGGAAAAGCUAAUACAAGAUGAGCCUCCAAGAAGAUUCAGUGAAGAGUAAUGGGGUUGCAGUCAUGGAUGGUAAUAGUGAGAGAGUCCUUACUCAUAAAGCACAGACUCUGUCAGACUCCACUAAAUUUAACACCCACUCCACUCCAAUACCCAAUGGAGAGGCCACCACAGCUGGCCUCACUACAGGGUCAGUGUCUGAGAUUCAUGUGAUUAAUUCAAACGCCGAGGCCCCGGCCGAACCUGCCAGAUCUCCUGAGCUGGACGGAGCUACUGAAGGACUUUCACCAGAAGAACCAAAGGCAGUUCCCCUGUCGAGGACGAAUGUGGCAUCAACUCUGGCCCCAGCUGACCAGCUAUGGUGCACCCGCAGAGACGAGGCAGUCAGGCUGAGGAUGGAGGGCUCAGGCUCGGCCUCAGACACUCCCAUCACCGUCCAUCAGAUGUUCCUGGAGACGGUGGAAACGUACGGGGAUCAUACAGCUUUGGCUUUCAAAAAAGACGGCCAGUGGGUGACCAUGACGUACAGACAAUACUAUGAUCAGUGCCGGGCAGCUGCAAAAAGUUUCCUCAAGUUGGGGCUGGAGCGUUACCAUGGGGUGGCCAUCCUGGGAUUCAACUCCCCCGAGUGGUUCAUCUCCGACAUCGGCUGCAUCUUUGCCGGUGGUCUGGCAGCUGGAAUUUACACCACCAACUCACCUGAAGCUUGUCAGUAUGUGGCUGCCAACUGUGAGGCCAACAUCCUGGUUGUGGAGAACCAGAAACAGCUUGACAAAAUCCUGCAGGUUAAAGAUCACCUACCUCAUCUGAAAGCCAUUGUCCAGUAUAAAGGCGAGCUGCAACAGAAAGCACCAUUCCUGUAUACAUGGGCAGAGUUCAUGAAGGUGGGAGAGGAUGUGCCUGAGGAGCAGCUGAAUGCUGUGAUAGACAGUCUUCGGGCUAACGAGUGCUGUACUCUCAUCUACACCUCUGGAACCACUGGGAACCCUAAAGGAGUCAUGCUGAGCCAUGACAAUCUGACAUGGACAGCCCAUUCGGCCCUUUCCACAGUAAAUCUUAAAAAAGCUGAGGAAGUGGUUGUCAGUUACUUGCCACUUAGUCACGUGGCAGCCCAGAUGUUUGACAUGUGGAUCUCUAUGUGUAUUGCGUGUACCACCUACUUUGCGGAGCCAGACGCCCUCAAGGGCUCCUUAGGAACCACACUGAAAGAGGCUCGUCCAACUUGUUUUCUGGGGGUUCCUCGUGUGUGGGAGAAGAUGCAGGAGAAGAUGAAAGCUGUUGGUGCUAAGGCAUCCCCCCUGAAGAAGAGAGUGGCGGACUGGGCCAAGUCCAUAGGCCUGCAGUACAACCACAGUCUCAUGAACGGGGAGAAUCUGGUGCCGUGGGGCUUCAUGCUGGCUGACAAUCUGGUCUUUAAGAGGGUGCGUGCUGCUUUGGGCUUAGACCGCUGCAAGAUCUGCUUCACAGGUGCUGCCCCCAUCACCAAAGACACCCUGGAUUACUUCAUGAGCCUGAACAUCCCCGUGAUGGAGCUGUAUGGCAUGAGUGAAAGCUCCGGCCCACACACCGUCUCCUCUAAUGAAGAAUACCGCAUCACAAGUUGUGGAAAGCCAAUGCCGGGCUGCACGACAAAGCUGGAUAACCCGGAUCAGGACGGAAAUGGAGAGAUAUGUUUCUGGGGUCGGCAUGUCUUCAUGGGCUACCUGAACAUGCCCGACAAAACAGCAGAGGCCAUUGACCAGGAGGGUUGGCUGCACUCUGGAGAUCUGGGAAAACAUGACCAGCACGGCUUCCUGUACAUCACAGGAAGGAUCAAAGAACUCAUCAUCACAGCCGGUGGAGAAAACAUCCCUCCUGUUCCCAUCGAGGAUGCGCUGAAGGCCGAGGUGCCCAUCAUCAGCAACGCCAUGCUGAUCGGAGACAAGCUCAAGUUCCUCUCCAUGCUGCUCACUCUCAAAUGUGUGGUGGACGACAACGGUGACCCCACAGACGAGCUGAGCCCGGAGGCUUUGGACUUCUGCAAGCAGCACGGCGUCACAGCGACCACAGUGUCAGAGAUAAUAACCAAUAAGGAGCCAGCUGUCUACCAAGCCAUUCAGGAGGGCAUAGAGCGCGUCAACGCCAGAGCGACGUCCAACGCCCAGAAGGUUCAAAAGUGGGUCAUACUGGAGCGAGACUUCUCUGUUGGUGGAGGAGAGCUGGGACCCACCAUGAAACUGAGGAGACCCAUUGCUAUGAAGAUGUACCAAGAGGAAAUAGAUGAAAUGUAUGCAGUGGCAAAACAGUAGACUGUACUGCAGCCGCAGACAUGAGAUGCUAUUGAAGAGAGGUGGUCAGGAGAAACUUUAUGAACCUUGUGUUGAGUCCAGAUGUCACGUUAGGAAAUGUAGAAACUGCUCUUCAACUGAAUGUUAAAGGGGCAAAAGACAUUUAAGGGGAGAAAAAUUAAGAUUUGGAUUGUGUUGUAUUUAAGGGAUCAGAGGUUUGUGCUGCUAUGUUUUGAAAUGUCAAGUUGCUGUUGACUGUUUGAAAUUGAUAUUUAAGCUGUUAAAUGUACAUACCGUUUCACAGCCACUGUGCAUGUUUUGUAAAUAAAACAUCCAACUCAGAGCCAAA